AGAGCGCAUAAGUUAGAGAGCGAAGUAACGCAAAAAAAAAACCCAAAGGAAACAACAACAAGUAGUGGACACGACGCCGCCGCUGCCGCCACCGCGCUACCCAACACGUCCCACGAUCGUUGGAUGGUUGGUUUUUGGAGAGCAAAAAGUAACUCGUAACGGAAGCCGCGGGUGUGCGGUCAAGUGUAUCGAAUCGUGUGUGUGCGUGUUUGAGGGUGGCAGAGCUUGCCAGAGAGGAAGCAGAUUAGUGGCACAAAGUGGCAUCGGAAGGACUUUUUUAUAAACCCUAUAUUGUUGUUUUUACUACCCCAACGGACAUUGUGAAGAAGUCAGCCGCGGGUUCGGAAUUGACCACUCUGUACCAGGCUCCACAGUGACACAAGCGUAACAAUGACGGUGGAUAAAGGCCACACCAACACCGCGUUCGUCGGGGACGAAGGACUCAAUGGCAAAAAACUGUCCCAGCCAAAGGCCAUCGAUCCCAACAUGUACAGCCUGGAGAUCCAGGAAAAGAAACCGGGACUGGAGACGGACUACGACCCGUAUCAGCAUCGACACGUCGAGCAUCCGACGACGAGCAACGAAACGUUGAUCCACCUCCUGAAAGGCUCCCUCGGAACCGGCAUCCUGGCGAUGCCGAACGCGUUCCACCAUGCCGGCUGGACCGUCGGCGUCGUCGGAACCUUGCUGAUCGGACUGCUGUGCACCUACUGCAUCCACCUGCUGGUGAAGGUCGAGUACGAGCUGUGCAAGCGAAAGCGCAUACCGAGCCUCAACUACCCGGCGGUUGCCCAAACGGCCAUCCUCGAGGGUCCGAAUGCGCUCAAGCCACUGUCCAAGAUUAUCAUCCACGUCGUGAAUGUGUUUCUCCUGAUCUACCAGCUGGGCACGUGUUGCGUGUACGUCGUGUUCGUGUCGUCCAACAUUAAGGCGAUCGCCGACUACUACACCGAAACGGACACCGAUGUGCGGCUGUACAUGCUCAUCAUUCUGCUGCCACUGAUCCUGAUUAAUUGGGUUCGAAAUCUGAAGUUUUUGGCACCCUUCUCGACAAUCGCCAAUUUUGUGACGCUCGUGUCCUUCGGCAUCAUCCUGUACUACAUCUUCCGCGAACCGAUCUCGUUUGACGAUCGCGAAAAGGUGGGCACUAUGAGUGGUUUUGCGCUCUUCUUCGGCACCGUGCUGUUUGCGCUGGAAGCGAUCGGUGUGAUCCUGCCGCUGGAGAAUGAGAUGAAAAAACCGAAACAGUUUGGCGGAAACUUUGGCGUGCUCAAUAAGGCGAUGGUGCUGAUCGUUACACUGUACGUGGGGAUGGGCUUCUUCGGCUACCUGAACUAUGGAUCAGUCAUUAAGGGAUCGAUCACGCUCAAUCUGCCCGAAGACGAGAUCUUGGCACAGUGCGUGAAAGGAAUGUUGGCGUUCGCCAUCUACAUCACGCACGGUCUGGCGUGCUAUGUGGCGAUCGACAUCUCUUGGAACGACUACCUGAAGAAAACGCUCGGCGAAUCUCCGCGACGCGUCUUCUACGAGUACAUCACGCGAACCGUUUUGGUCCUGAUCACAUUCCUACUGGCGGUGGCCAUCCCCAACCUGGAGCUGUUCAUCUCGCUGUUCGGUGCGCUGUGCCUCUCGGCCCUGGGAAUCGCCUUUCCGGCCCUCAUCCAGACCUGCACCUACUGGCACCAGCGGCAAGGUAUGGCCAAGGUGUGGAUGAUCCUGAAAAACUCCGUCAUCGGGCUGAUAGCGGUGUUCGGGCUGGUGAUCGGUACCUCUACGAGCAUGAUUGAAAUCAUUCACACCUUCGGCCACGACGAGUGAACCGUCACCGGCUGACCUGGACUCCGGGCGUACUGUGUGCGCUAGUAAUCAGCAUCCAACCGAAGUCAACAUCCGCAACGACGACGACGACGACGACAACAACGGGAGAAAAUUAUUAGCCACCACCACCACCACCCAACCACCCACUCAUCAGCAUCACCAUUGUCACCUUCUCCUGCAACAAACAAGUAUUAUUUGGCGUGCAAACGGACGCACCCGGUGACAGCUUCAUCGAGCGGGGUGUGCGAUCGGGGAAAAGUAGUCAACCAAAAGCUAGCGAGGAACAGCGAGCAGAAAGGGAAAGCGGAAGCGAGCUAGACGAAAGGGAAAGUGAGAACGAGCAAGCCAUAACCAUUCCUAGGAGUGAAGCGAAUCGAAACGGAAAUCCUUAGAUGCAUCGGUAUUACAACACACUAUUUACUUCCGGAUCCUGAUCAGGCUGGACAAUCCGCGAGCCGCCUAGUGCUGGUGAGCGUCCCCGUGCUGUGCCGUUUUGUGUGUGUGUGUGCGUGCGGAUCCCAUCUCCUUCUUUUUUGUUUUUAAGAUACGGUAUUCAAAUGAACAAAACAUUCACAAUGUUCCCUACGAUCGCAACGAUCGCCUGUGAAGCGGUGGAUUGCGCGCUAGGAGCCUCCACCUGGACGAACGUAGUUCUAAGACUAGCCUUGUAAGCGAAAUAAUUCGAUAAAAAUGCCGUGAAUCGUGAAAGUUGUGUGUACAUAGUGUGUAAGUGAUAAAGCAAAUAAACAUUUAUUUUAAAUAAACC